AUGGCCCUUCACGAUGCAACACGGGGAGGACAUGAGAGUAUGGUGGACCUUCUAUUGAAGGAAGACUAUAGUUUGGUGCAGGUUAAGAAUUGCCAUGGUGAAACUGCUCUUUUCAAGGCCACGAAGGAAGGGCAUACUACCAUUGUUAGUAAAUUGUUGAAUUUUAUGCCUGAUGAGGGCUACACCAGAACCAAUGGCCAAACACCUCUUCAUCGUGCCGUCUUUAGACAACAAAAAGAUGUAACUGAAAAACUUUUGCAGAGACCUGGAAUUGUUAAAAUUGCAGAUGAGCAUGGUCGAACAGCACUCCACAUAGCUGCAUUAAUUCCAGCAUUACUUCCAGUUUCACAUAUGAAAUUGAAGAAGAUUAGUCAGAUUGGAGCAAUACUCUUGAAAAAUGAUGGAGAGUUAUGUUGCAAAGUGGACAAAAAUGGGCAAACAGCACUUCAUAUAGCAGCGAAAGAAGGAAAUGCAUAUUUAGUGGAAAGGAUAUUACAACACAACAAUCUUUGCAUCGAAAUGGUAGACAAUGAUGGCCAAAAUGCUCUUCAUCUGGCUGUGAUGAAUGCAUCAAAAAUAUUUUACAGGGUUGGAUAUAGUCUCAAAACUAUAAUUUCCUCCGUCAUGGAAAAGGACUUGGUUGACUGUGCUGACAAGGAGGGACAUACGGCCUUAGACUUUGCCAUACAAAAGAUAGAGGAAGAUCCACAGCUAUUUAUUGGGAUUAGAAACUAUCUCCUCAGAUGUGGCGCGACUCGAAAGAUGGUGUUCAAAGAUGAAGAAACAAAACAUCUUCCAUCUAUUUUUGAAAAAUCAAAGUGGAAAACUGAAAUUAUAUCAAUAAAUGCAGUGCUAAUUGCAACGGUAGCUUUCACAGUUGCUUUUACUCUGCCAGGAGGCCUUCAAUCUCAAGACCCAACUCCCGCACUGAUUCAUGCUAAAAUCUUCAAAGUGUUUGUGAUAUCUGACACUUUGGCAUUGUGUUUCUCUAUCGCAUCAGCCGUUCUCCUCUUCUAUGCACUUGUGGGCAACGGAACAGAAGAUCCCUUGCUUACAGGCUUCAGUUUUAACGCAUUAUGGAUAGCUUUGGUAUCACUUGCAUUCACAUUUGGUGCAGCAAUUCAUUUGGUUGUGGCACCCAAGUGUCUAUGGCUUGCAAUACUUGUAUGGCUUAUGGUCUUCAUUCUUCCUGUAGCGAUCUGGUUAUUUUCUUUCAGCGGAAAACUGUACAUGUUCAAGGAACAUAAAUUCUAUGUCCGUUACUUUAUAUUGGAUUCAUUCGUACAGUCAAUGGUAGCCCUGGGCCACAAAGACACUCCAUGGGGUCUUCAAAGAAUCCAAUAUUAA